AUGGACAUCAGAAGGCGGCGGAUCUCUUUUGUGACAUGCGUAAGCUUACUGUAUAUCACCUCGGCGGUUGGAUCGCUGAUAAACGAAGCCAGAGAUGCAGCGAUCUUGGAGCCUGAGAGGCUAACAGCAACACUAGAAAUGCAGAUUGUCAGUCCCGUAGACGAUCGUCUUUUGCAACAGGGCUAUCUCAACAUCUGGAGAGGCGUAAGGACGAUCGAUGAGGUAGUAAGACACAAUAGGUCACCUCGUGUCUAUUUAGAAAGAAUGCAGAAAUUGGGUCCGAAGCUCUUGAAGAUCAAUCCUUCCGAAAGCCAGAUAGCGGCUAUCCAGAGGGAUGCUCUCGAAUGGGCAAAACACAAGCCCCACGUAAAUCUUGCAGUUGUCACGUACUACCUCAUCGAAGUGAUGAAGGCGCAUUCUCCCGAAGAUACUCACAAAGAAAUACAACGGCUCGCAAAAGGAAUAUCUGACCGUUUCAAGUUCAAUUACCCCAAGAAGUCACAAUACGCAAGGAAGAUGGUUUUGAACUUCAUGGAUACAAAAAUGUCCCAAAUUGGUCUGCAUUUAGUGAUGGAAGGACUAAGCAAGGAUUCUGGUGUCGAUCGUGGGGUUGGUUUAGAUACUUUAAUCAACUCCCGGACACAUGAUUGGAAGAAUUCGAUACCCAAAGCAGACCGAGCCGCAUAUACUGAACAUUACCAACGGUACAUGAAUCUGAUCGAGGUCUUUGAAAUACUCUCCGGUGCAGGUAUACAGAACAGAAAUGUGAUUAAGAGUGUUAAUGCAAAAACACCUUUGCGCCUCGCAAGGAAAAUCUUUUCAGACGAGUCUUCGCAGCCCCGCCUCAUCCAUAGGUACCUGAUUAACGCAAAACCACAUGAUAGAUUCCAGCCCCUGGAAUUACCCAUUUUUGGAUACGCGGUUAUGAUUGAGGGCGGCCUCCCCGCUAAAAUUGAAGCAACAGUUCGCAAACUCUGGAAAUCCUCAGGUCAAGACGAUAUCAGGCUCGCCUCCAGACUGAGUGCCAAUCUAAAUACUAUUUUGGGUGGCAGAAUCUAUUGUCCAAAGAGGUUGAGACUCACCCGUGGUUAUCGUGCACUCACAACGAAGUACACGACUGUUGACCCCCUGUAUAACCAGAUGUGGAAACGGGUUUCAAGGACUGUGAUUGAUGUGGUUAAGCUUGAAGAGAAAAAUCCUGAAGAACGGUCGAUAUUAUGGCGAAUAUUAGGAUCAGCAUUCAUCGUCAGUUCAAAGGAUUUUGAACGCGAGAAGUUUGAAAGACAUGUAGAAAACAGUGUUAUGUUUUAUUUAUUUAUCAGAAGAAUUGGAGAGGUUCUCGAGAAAGCCGUAGAGAUCCAUUUCCCUGAAACUAAACCUGAGGAAAAAUUGACCAGAUCGCAGUUUAUGAGGUACUAUUGGGCUUUGGUAACUUAUCAGUCGGUUGGAGAGAAGAACAAAAAGGCAAAGACUGCCCACGCGAAGCAGUUUACACUCGGCCGGGUCUAUCUGAAUCAUGUGAUCGCUUCACGAGAGUUAAAAAACUUGUACAACCGGUUGAAUCAAGAGGAAGAAGCAAUUUUACCUCGUUCUAACAUAGUGAAAGGAGUCAAAAGGCGCAUAACGGGAAAACGGACACAUUCUCAGACUGAUCGUAGUGCAUGGGCAAGAAAUCCUGAUGACGGACUGGAAACCCUGCAAAAAGCCUCAACGAGCUCGCCUGCUGGUCAAUCAGUCAUUUCAGACCACAAUCGAGACAGACUGAACUUCAAGAUACCUAGGAAAAAAUCUAGCCGAUACCCGCACUCAGUCACUUCAAACAUUGCACCCCCUGAUGAGAAUGCGAUAACUCAAAAAGCCUUACAGCGCUCCGCCAAGAAGAGAAAGUUAAUCAUAGAUAGUUUAGUGGGUUCACACCAACGUAUUCCUGGGGGCUCGAAGAAAAAACCAAGGAUUGAAGCUGCUGUGAGUUCCUCAUCAGAAGGUGGUGGGAGUCAAUUUCCUACACAAGAGGCUGGCCCCAGAACGCCCUCCAUGGAUUUGACACAAAACACACCUCACUAUCCACAUUCUGAACUUCAAGCGGCCAGUCACGACUCGAACACAUAUGGUGAGUUGAGAUCAUCAAGUCAGCCACUUGUCGAAACUGCUGGUGCAAAAGCUAAAAAACCGGAGAACUUACCCUUGGAUCCAGAACUAACGGCCUCGAUCCUGCCAGCUUCUGGAAAAUCUUUCCAGCCGAGUAGCAAGCAUACCUCUUCCUUGGAUCUCAAUAAACCAGCGGCUUAUUCCGAUGAUCAUGAUGUCCAUAUCAUGCUUCCCGACUUGAAUGAGCCUUUGGAGCCAAUUUCACCACAAGAAGAUGCUGAGAACGGAGCUCACGAUACGCCAAUGUAUCCAUCAGUCUUUGAACCAAAUGGAGGUGAACAUUCACAACAUACUUCCUCACCACAAGUCACCAGCAGGGAGGAGAUACCAGAUCUCAAUAUAUAA